AUGCGUGUCGCCUUCAUGAGCACGGGCCAAGGUACCGGCUUGGAACUGUUCGAGUUCGAAGAUCCCAAGCCCGCACCAGAACAGAAGUACAACUUCGCCCGGGAUUUCAACAGAGGCGGAUUCUUUCACUUGGGCGUGACCACGCCCAACGUCGACGACCUUUGCGAGAAGCUGGUUAAGUACGGCGGGAAGAGAGUUGGCCCCACUAUGCCUGCGUUCCAGUACAAGACAUGUUGUGUCGAAGAUCCGUGGGGCAACAUCCUUGAGAUUAUGGAUUUUACUUUCGAUCAGUACAUGGCCGAGUUCAGCGCCGCUCAGUUUGACCUGACGAAGCAGGCCGAGGCAUCAAGCAGCGAAGGCGCAUAG